UUUGAUGCUGGCCUUUCAUUGAGAUGCUUUCCGUGCAUGGCCUGUGACGUCGCUUGUGUAUGGGUCAACCGCGUUUCCUUGCGCUCGAGCGCCUGGGAGUUGACGGUUGCGCCUGCGCGCGGCUCAGCGAGGACAAUCCCGGCUGGAAAAAUGAGUUCCAGGAAAGUCCUUGCCAUUCAAGCUCGAAAGAGGAGGCCGAAAGGAAAGAAAGAAAAGGCUCAUAAAAAAAACCAAGCAGAAGAUUGAGCUGCUGAUGUCAGUUAACUCUGGGAAGUCGUCCUCUUCAGAAAGGCCUGAAGCUCACCACAAAGCUGCAGCAGCUGCUGCUCCUCCUCCACCACCGCCUCUACCAGAGCCUGUUCCUCCAGAGCAAGAGGAGGAAAUCCUGGGAUCUGAUGAUGAAGAGCAGGAAGACCCUGCUGAUUAUUGUAAAGGUGGCUAUCAUGCUGUGAAAAUUGGUGAUUUAUUCAAUGCACGAUACCAUGUAAUUAGAAAGCUGGGAUGGGGACAUUUCUCUACAGUGUGGCUGUGUUGGGACAUUCACGGAAAAAGAUUUGUUGCCAUGAAAGUGGUAAAGAGUGCUCAGCACUACACAGAAACGGCUCUGGAUGAAAUUAAGUUACUUAAGUGUGUACGAGAAAGUGAUCCCAAUGAUCCAAAUAAAGAUAUGGUGGUACAAUUAAUUGAUGAUUUCAAACUUUCAGGCAUGAAUGGAAUACAUGUCUGCAUGGUAUUUGAAGUGCUGGGUCAUCACCUUUUGAAAUGGAUCAUCAAAUCCAAUUACCAGGGCCUUCCUAUUCUUUGUGUGAAAAGUAUUAUUCAGCAGGUCCUGCAGGGUUUGGAUUAUCUACACAGUAAAUGCAAGAUUAUCCAUACAGAUAUAAAACCAGAAAAUAUAUUAAUGUGUGUAGAUGAAUCUUAUAUUCGUCGCAUGGCUGUGGAAGCAACAGAAUGGCAAAAGGCAGGUGCUCCACCACCCUCCGGCUCAGCAGGGAUAAAGGUUCCGAAUGUCUACCCUAUUUCUGCCAGCAGUCUGUCAACUUCCAGCAUUCCAGAGAAAACGGUCCAGACUGUCCAAUUUCACCUUGUAGCAAAUACCCUUCAAUCCAGGCAGCAUUCUGUGAGUACCGCCCCACAGCAGAAACCGGGAGGAAAGAUAUCUAAAAACAAAAAGAAGAAGCUGAAAAAAAAGCAAAAGAGGCAGGCAGAGCUUCUAGAGAAACGUAUGCAAGAGAUAGAAGAGCUGGAGAGAGAGGCAGAGAAGAAGAAGAUAGAAAACAUUUUAACAACUUGUUCACCAAAUGACCAGGAAGGCGAGAAGGUAGUUGAGCUGAAGGAAGCGGUGAUAGAUCCUGAAGUAGACGUGCAGCAACAUAAUGAAUGCAAUGAAGUUGAUGACCAGGACGAAAAAGAAGAUACAGAAAAAGAAAAUGUGGGAAAAGAUGAUGUAGAAAACGUGGUCACUAGGACAGAGCCGAAAUGUGAUGAAUCACUGAAAACAAAUGGGCACAUUGAAAAUGGUCCAUUUUUACUUGACCAGUUUUGUGAUGAGGAAGAAGAUGAUGAUGAUGAGGAGGAGGAGGAUGAGGAUGAGUGUCCCAACGCAGAAGGUAAUCCAGUUGAUGGACCAAAUGUUGCAAAUUUGAUUUACAAUAAUCUUUAUGGACAGUUUAACGGAGAUUUACCAAAUGGACAGAAUAAGAGUCCGGAGUCACAAUUCUCGGAAAUGUCUGAAUCUGAAUUUUCCAAGCUUUUAGAAUCUGCAGCUGGAUCAGAUGGGUCGACAGUGACUGAGCAUGAAGACAGUAGUCCAUCACAAGACAGAAGUAGAACUGUAUCUGCAUCCAGUACGGGAGACGUGCCAAAAUUAAAAAUCCGUGCAGCAGAUUUAUUGGUGAAUCCACUUGAUCCGAGAAAUGCAGAGAAAAUUAGAGUUAAAAUAGCAGACCUGGGAAAUGCUUGCUGGGUUCACAAGCAUUUCACAGAAGAUAUCCAGACGAGACAGUAUCGAUCAAUAGAAGUUCUAAUUGGUGCUGGGUACAGUACGCCUGCUGAUGUGUGGAGUACAGCUUGUAUGGCCUUUGAACUUGCAACCGGAGAUUACUUAUUUGAACCUCAUUCUGGUGAAGACUACUCCAGGGAUGAAGAUCACAUAGCUUUGAUCAUUGAACUGCUGGGGAAAAUCCCUCGAAAGUUCGCAAUGUCUGGAAAAUAUUCCAAGGAGUUUUUCACCAAAAAAGGAGAACUACGACACAUUACAAAACUUAAACCCUGGAGCCUGUUUGACGUACUUAUUGAGAAAUAUGGAUGGCCUCAUGAAGAAGCUGUGCAGUUCACUGACUUCUUGCUGCCCAUGUUAGAAAUGGUUCCUGAGAAACGAGCUUCUGCAGCGGAAUGCCUCAGACACCCCUGGCUUAGCUCUUAGCAGCAUUCACCAACUUUCUUCAUAGAGCUAACGAUGUUUAUCACGGACCCAGCAAAGUGGCAAACUCUCAAACAUCAGGGGUAUAAAUCCAAGCCUCCAAGAAUAGGCUAUUUUUCACUCGAGUAUGGUUAAUGUUUGAACUUUUGCUUUUCUGCACUGUGUCUUUGGGAAAAGUAGUUUUUGUCUUUAGCAAGAGGUAGCUGACUCUGCUAAAAACACCUAACAUGUUUUGAUGCUUUGUUUCUAGUAUCGCCUGACCAUCUCAUGUUAAAUUUCCUAUCUGAAGGUGAUAAGAAUCUUUUUCAUGCGUUUGGAUAUUUUUUGUACUUAUUUAUGAAAAUUGUUUUAGCUGAUGAGUAUUAAUAUUGAAAGAUAACUGAGAUGCUACUACUAUGUAAGGUAAGGAAGUAGCCGAGAUAUUGCAGAGCUGUACAAUUGUAGCCAAUAGGAAAGAAGCAUUAUUCUUGUAAAAUCUGUAGAUUUUCUUGUAAAAUAGCUUUCCAUAUAACACAGAAAUGGGACAACCUAUAAUAUUUUCAUGAAUGCCAUGUGCUACGAGAAUGCAUGUUUUGAAGCUUAUUUACGUACAAAUGAGGCUGUAUAAAUUUUACAUUUGUUGGCUCAGUUAAAUAUUGUGUUGCUGGAUAUUACGUGUUCAUUAAUGCCUUGUAAGUCAUUUUGCAGUCCAACCAGACUUUCAAAAAGUCCGAUUUUAGUCCUUCAAAGGAGACUCAGCUGCAAACCUGCAUUGUAAUCACUGCAAUUGUCCCCUAAUUGUCUAUCGUUAUUUAAGAAUUCCAUAAGAACGUGUCCUUCAAAGUUUUAAAUUAUUAUUUUUUUUACUGUGCUUCAGCAUUGUCAGGUAUAUUGUCCAAGCAAAAGGUUUGUGAUCUCCUGUACUAAAGCUGCAAAAGGAACAAAAAGGAAAACAUUUUUCCAUGUGCAGAUUUAAUAUUUUGUCACAAAAAAAUUAUAUGUUAAAAUGUUUUGCUGUCAGUACAGAAAUGAUACUAAUUGAUGUGAAAAUAAAAGUGACCGUGUCAAAACUUGUUUAAAAUAACUUGCUGUAUAGCAAACCCUUCAGAUUUGCAUGAAAAUAAAGUUGAUCUUGGGUCUGUUUAAAGCUUUGCUCUCUCAGCAUCAGACAGUGGCACAACAAAUUGCACUGGUCUUUGUAGCUUUUUCAGGGAUUAACAAUGUAAAUAGGGAUUUUUUUUAAAAAGCAUUGAAUUCUUCAGAUGCUAGUUUAAGUAUUUGAGUUGCUGUGUGUAAUGAAAAAUUUAUUAGAUAGCAAAUAUUGUGGUCAAGUGCAAUUCUGGCAUGUUAUAUCUCAUCAGUAGUGAGACUUUCUACCUGUCAGGUCCAAGUGUGCACUAACCUCUAAACAGUGAAUUAUGUGAAAGUGAACUGACUAGUUUUAUUCCAAUUGUCCACUUUAAUUAUGGUGCCACUAUUUCUAAUUCUACCAGUUACUGGUUUAUCCAUCUGCCUUUGCAAUAACUAGAUUGUGGAUAAAUAAUUCUGGUAUUGUAAUAGUAGCAAUUGUUUGAGGUGCUUGUGACUGUCUAAUUAAACUAUUUUGUUUCCAAGUCGUGUUGCUCAUUGGAAUGGCAAGAUAAUUUUACGAUAAUUAUUUAGUUGCAGAUAGAAUGCUGUAUUAUUGUGGAAUAAUAUUUAAAUGCACAAUGUAUGCAGAUUUGUUGGCAUUCAAACUAUAAUGCUUUUAUUGCUCUGACUUUAAGCAACUGCCUUAUUAUCCACCAGGGAAGAAAAACAUUUUGGAGUAAGUCUUAUGCUCUUUUUUGACUUUCCGCUCCCUUUGUGUUUCUCCUUUAUUCUUGUCAUCAGCAUAGGAUCUUUGCUAACUCUUUACACUUUGUAAUAUGGCAUUUCUUAGCUCUCUUGGUUGAGAAAGCAGUCGUUGUUUGGUUCACCCACUGUUG